AUGGCGUUUUCACUAAUCAGGAAGCUCCGUGUAGUGGUUACCACUGUCGUUUUUUUGUUCCUGGUUUCUUUUUCAGGGAUCGCUUAUGGUGAAGAAGACGAUUCAGAGGCAGGAGGUGGAGGUGGCGGGCCAGGAUUUGGCGGUGGUGGGACAGGUGUGGGAGGCGGUGGUACUGGAUUUAGUGGCGGAGGGAUAGGAGGAGGUGGUACUGGAUCUAACGGCGGAGGGAUAGGUGGUACUGGAUUUAACGGCGGAGGGACAGGCGGUGGUACUGGAUUUAACGGCGGAGGGACGGGUUUUGGUGGAGUGGGAGGAGUGGGUGGCAGUGGAGGUGGCGUUGGCGGCGGAGGGACAGGUUUUGGCGGAGGAGGAUUGGGUAGCGGUGGCAGUGGUGGUGGUAGCGGAGGUUUUGGAGGAGGAGGAUUAGGCGGUGGUGGAGGUGGGGACGAUCCACCGGAGAUAGUAGCAAAAGCUCUGGAAUGCUUAAAUGAGAAACACAUAUACAGAGAGUGUGAAGAAACGUGGAGGCUAACCUUAAACGGAGACCUAAAUAUUCCAGUGGCGAGGACGGAGGAGUUCUGCGAGGGACCAUGCUUCUCCGAAACACAUUUGGCUUUGGAUUGCAUUAACGACAUUCUUCACCACUUCAGAUUCUUUAACAGAGCGACCGUUUACAACAUCCGUCAAACCCUCAAUUCCGGCUGCAGCUACGGACCUGAACGAGGUGAUUUUAACGUUCUUGAGCACCUCGAAGAUGAAGAAGAAAAUGGAAGUGAGAUGAUGAAGUCAAGAUCUGGAGCGUUGCUGUGGACUAUGCUGUUUACCAUUGCCUUUCUUCUCUAA